GUCGGGAUCGAAAUUUGAUGUAAACAUUGCACUAUUCUCUCCUAGAAACUUGAAUUUGUCGAAUUUUGCUUGAAUUUCCGUCAAAAAAUGAAUUGUCUGAGAGCUUUAGCUAAAAAUGUUCCUUUAAAUUUACGCAGAUCUUUCCAUGUCACAUCGGCGAAUCCUUUGAACCUCGUUCCAAUUGUUGUCGAGCAAACUGGUCGUGGCGAGCGAGCUUUUGACAUUUUCUCGCGUUUAUUGAAAGAAAGGAUCAUUUGCCUAAUGGGACCUGUUCACGAUGACUUGGCCUCGUUAAUUGUCGCUCAACUUCUUUUUCUGCAGUCCGAGAGCAGCACAAAACCCAUUCACAUGUACAUCAACAGUCCGGGCGGCGUCGUAACUGCCGGCUUAGCGAUUUACGACACGAUGCAAUACGUCAAACCGCCAAUUGCCACUUGGUGCGUCGGUCAGGCGUGCUCCAUGGGUUCAUUGCUGCUUGCUGCCGGUGCUCCUGGUAUGCGACAUGCCCUGCCAAAUGCUCGAAUUAUGAUCCAUCAACCGUCGGGAGGCGCCCAGGGUCAAGCUACGGACAUUCAGAUCCAAGCCGAGGAAAUUCUGAAGCUAAAAAAGCAGCUGACGGGAAUUUACGCGAAACAUUCCGGGCAAAAUUUGGAUGUUUUGACGGCAAAAAUGGAACGUGAUACAUUUUUAUCGCCCGACGAGGCGAAAUCUCUGGGACUUAUUGACAGUGUGUUGGAACAUCCGCCCUCAGCGGCGCCCACGGAAAAUACUUCGACCUAAAAAGCGUUCGAAACGCUCGAAAAAUGGGUCUGACGUUGUUAUGAACGACUGUUAGUUACGAAAAAAUUAAAAUUUUUAAUCAAAA